ACCUUGUCUCGGGGAGGUAUCCUCCAGGCCCAGACAUUCAUCUCUGUCCAUUUCAAGGCGGCCAGCCUGCGCCAUAUAUAACCAAGUACUACGCCCACAACGGAGGGCACAGCAGCCUCUCUGCGUGUUUUAUUCGCAUAUCUUGGACAAAUCUAGGCUCUGGGGCAGCGAUCAAGAGCCUGAUUUGCGACUGGUUCAGGAACUGGGGUUGAGACUUCGCUUGGCAAGGAAGAGAAGAGGGGCGUGGGCAAGGGCGCGGCUCUUGCGAGGAUUACGGCAGAGGCGGUGGACCGCGGAGCCGCUCGCAGAGGCUGCAGCCAUUGCACAACCGAGCAUCUCACAUUCAACAGGAGGAGCCCGCGGGAGAGGGACCCGAGCUCCCAGCACCGCACCUCACCGCAGCAGCCCGUGCGCCCCGCGGCCCCGCACGCCAUGGCCAAAGAAGGCGUAGAAAAGGCAGAAGAGACGGAGCAAAUGAUCGAGAAGGAGGCAGGCAAAGAGCCAGCGGAGGGCGGCGGCGGCGGCUCGCACCGACUCGGGGACGCACAGGAGAUGCGCGCCGUGGUGCUGGCGGGCUUCGGUGGGCUCAACAAACUGCGGGUCACCAGGAAGGCCAUGCCUGAGCCGCAGGACGGCGAGCUCAAGAUCCGCGUCAAAGCCUGUGGUUUAAACUUCAUUGACUUGAUGGUGCGACAAGGGAACAUCGACAAUCCCCCCAAGACUCCCCUGGUGCCUGGUUUCGAAUGUUCUGGGAUUGUUGAAGCUCUGGGGGACAGCGUGAAAGGAUAUGAGAUUGGGGACCGUGUCAUGGCAUUUGUCAAUUAUAAUGCCUGGGCAGAGGUGGUCUGCACACCUGUGGAGUUUGUCUACAAGAUCCCAGAUGGCAUGAGCUUCUCCGAGGCUGCUGCGUUGCCCACAAACUUCGUCACAGCCUACAUGAUGCUGUUUGAAGUUGCCAACCUCCGAGAGGGGAUGUCUGUGCUCGUGCACUCGGCUGGUGGUGGCGUGGGCCAAGCUGUGGCUCAGCUGUGCUCCACUAUCCCCAAUGUGACUGUCUUUGGAACAGCGUCUACUUUCAAGCAUGAAGCCAUUAAAGACUCUGUGACCCACCUCUUCGACAGAAAUGCAGACUAUGUGCAAGAAGUGAAAAGAAUCUCUGCUGAAGGAGUGGACAUUGUUUUGGACUGCCUCUGUGGGGACAACACUGGAAAGGGUCUCAGCCUUCUCAAACCCCUGGGGACCUACAUUUUAUAUGGUUCAUCCAACAUGGUAACUGGAGAGACCAAGAGCUUCUUUAGCUUUGCAAAAUCAGUAAGUAUCCGCGCACGUCUCACCCACUAUGGGGAGGCAGUGAUUCGCAUGUUGUGA